GGGUUUUCCAGCCUGGAAAGAAGUAGAUGCUUAAAAUAAUGUAGUGAGAAAGCCCUCCUCUCCUCCCCUCCCCUCUGCCCUCUCCCCUCUCCUUCUCCCUUCCCUUUUCCCUCUCCUUUCUUUCCUCCUUUCAUUGUAUGCAGAUCGAGUCCGGUCAAAGCGCGCCGCUGUCACUCGCGGGUCCCUCACGGCGAGCCAGGACUCCCAAAAACACCACAUAGAUAAAUGAACAUCAGCUGUCCUGAGUACAAAAAAUUUGCUAAAAAAUCCAGUGUUUUGGUGUCUUUUGGCAAUACCUCAUGAUGCCUGCUGCCCAGCGAGACUUUGAGGAAACUGCAAGUGAAGAAGUUUAAUGUUUGCUUCAGCUGAAGAGAGUAUUUCCCAAGUCCUGGUGGGAAAAGGUGAAAAAGAGGACCAGAGGAUGUUGCUAUGGCAUGGGGAUGACAGGAAGCCAUGACUAGAAGGAGGAUUGUCAACAGGAAACAAAGCACGGCAACCAAUGUGGCUCUGCUGUACAGCACAGCUGCUGUGCUGCGCUGCCUGCUGGACCCUGAGGCCUGGCCAGCACUGGCUGUCCCCAAGAGAGAUUCUCCUGUCCGUUUGUCUGCUGGAGCCUGAAUUGUUCUGCACCUGGUUAAUCCACUGUGCUGCAGCCGGCAGACCCUGGGCUUCUUUUCUUGACACCAUCCACUGUAAAGUCCUUGGGCAGCCAUGGGGAGCAAGACGUGUGUGUGAGCAGCUUUCCUGGGCUGGCUGAGCCCUGCAGGGAGCCCAGGCAGCUUGAGGGGUGCUGGCUGUUCAGGGCUCUGCAGAUAUGAACGCUGAGCUCUGGGGCUGGUUGUUCUCACCAUGCUAGUACAUGGGAAGGACGACUUCCUCUCAGACAUAGCCUACAUCAUCCUGGAGCUGAUCAUCGCUGUGCUGGCCAUCCUGGGCAACAUCCUCGUCUGCUGGGCCGUCUAUCUCAACAGCAACUUGCAGAACGUCACCAACUACUUUGUGGUGUCCCUGGCUGCUGCUGACAUUGCUGUGGGGGUGCUGGCAAUCCCCUUUGCCAUCACCAUCAGCACUGGCUUCUGUGCCUUCUUCUAUGGCUGCCUUUUCAUUGCCUGCUUUGUCCUGGUCUUGACCCAGAGCUCCAUCUUCAGCCUCUUGGCCAUCGCCAUCGACAGGAUCAUUGCCAUCCGAAUUCCCCUCAGGUACAAUGGCUUGGUGACCGGCUCUCGAGCCAAAGGCGUCAUUGCCAUCUGCUGGGUGUUGUCCUUCAUCAUCGGCCUGACCCCAAUGCUGGGCUGGCACAACGGAGCCCAGAUCCAAGAGCCCCAUUCCAACUGGUCCUCUCCCAUCAACUGCAGCAACAGCAUGGUGGCGUGUCUCUUCGAGGCCGUGGUCACCAUGGAGUACAUGGUCUACUACAACUUCUUUGCCUGUGUGCUUCUGCCCCUCCUUCUCAUGUUUGGUAUCUACUUGAAAAUCUUCAUGGCAGCGCGGCGCCAGCUCAAGCAGAUGGAGAACAAGAUGGUACACGGGGAACGUUCCCGCUCCACGCUGCAGAAGGAGGUCCAUGCAGCCAAGUCCUUGGCCAUCAUCGUCGGGCUGUUUGCAGUCUGCUGGCUCCCGCUGCACAUCAUUAACUGCUUCACCCUUUUCUGCCCGGACUGUGCCCAUGCUCCCCUGUGGCUGAUGUACCUGGCCAUUAUCCUGUCUCACGCUAACUCGGUGGUGAACCCCCUCAUUUAUGCCUACCGCAUCAGGGAGUUCCGCCACACCUUCCGCAAGAUCAUCAGCCAGCACAUCCUGGGCCGCAAGGAGCCGUUCAAGGCGGGAGCCGCCAGCUCCAGGACUUCCACCCACGGCGGGGACGCGGAGAACGCCAGCAUCCGGAUCGGUGAGUAUGCGCUGGAGCUGUAUGGCAACGGAGAGAUCCACAGGGACCCCGAGAAGCAGGACUUGAACAAAUGCAAAGCUGCCUUGGAAUGGCACCAGAAUGGAAACGCUCUGGACUUGGAGACAAACGGACAUCUCCCGCAUUCCUGUAAAAAUGGGAUUCUUUCAGACGCAUGCCUGAACAGGGAGCUUCACAGUGAAGAGCUAAUUGAUGCCCAGGUGUCUUACUCAGACCUGGAAAGAGCAGCCUUUACUGCAGCUGAUGUUUCCUGAUGAGACUUUCGAAGUUUUCCUGGUAGAAUUAUUUUUUUUCCAUUGGUGACCUCUGCCAUGGCAGAAAGGGAGGCUGGGGGGCGGGGGGAGAGCAGUGCAUUCAGAUCACUGUGGAGAAAGGGGUCCAUAUCCAGGACUGUUGGAUGAUCCUAAAUACCAGGCUGGAGAAGAGCCAAGAGACCACUGAAGUGGACUAAGGAAGGAGGACACGUUACCCAUCAGUGACCUGUCACCAAGGGCAGUGCCAAGAUCCAGGAUGGCAUUCCAAGUUGAGCACUGGGAGACUGCUGAUGCAGGGAUUUUGGGACAUUUUGCUGUACUGUGCCUCUGGUUGAGAGCUGGUUUCACUGUCUUUACCAAUGGAAUGGCUGGAAGUAUUCCCUGAAUAACAAAGAGCAACUGGGAAGGAAGGGCCUCUGAGUUCUGUGGCCCUGCAACAAGCAGAAGGGGGAUAGCAAAAUCUGUUGUCAGGAAGGAUGCCAGGAACUGCUUGAGAGGGAAGGAAUUUACCUGAUUGGAACUGUGGAUACUUUCAACCAUGGCACUUUGUCUUUCAGUUUGUGUUCUUGAAGCUUUUACUGCAACAGGUUGCUCAAAUGGGUUUUUUCCACGUGAUGAUAAGGUUGCUUUAUGUUAACUUAUAAAAGAUGGGCAAGAGCUCAUGUCUGUUCGCUGAGUGCUCAGUGUUCCAGGUGCACAUGACAAAUAUAACCUCUUAGCACUCCCCUUUGUCCAACAAAUCACCAAAGCUGAGCCUUGCCAAGGAUUUCCCUUGGCAAAAGGGCUGUGGUGCUGUGGGCUGUGUCCUCAGGGCAGGGCUGUCAAGGGCUCUGGGUGUGGGAGCUCUUUGCAGAGCUCUGCCCCUGCCUCUGUGCUUCUCCUCCUGAGCUCCUAGGAUGCAAAUUCUUUCCAUGGCCCCCGAUGUGUGUGAGGGGAGGUAAUAUUCCAUAUUUCAGUCAUCUUCAUCCUCACUCAACAGGCUGAGGGACUUUUUUUUUACUUCUUUCUUGGGAUAGAGAGCAACCCACACACAUACCCUGACUUAAUUUUGGAAUUCCAAUGAGCUCUAUUUAAAAAACCUUUUCUCCUGUAUUUCAGUUUUUUCCUGAGAAGCCUGAUGUGUCCCUGUGGUGCAGAGGCCAACAGAGGAAGCUCUGGGCUCUGUCUGGUUAGAAGAUGCUCCUGCUCUGAGAAGCUGAAAGGUGUCAGUGGUAUUGGAACUCAGCUUAGAAACUGCAGUUUCUACUUUCUGUAGAAGAGAACAGGCAAAUUUGUGCUGCAGCAAGUGUACACUUUUGCUGUGGUUUGUUGCAGAGGUGUUUCACUGCAGUUUGGUAAUUUUCUGGAAGGAAAAUUAAGGAAGUCUGGCAGCUCAAGAACAGCAGAAAACCACAUCAGCUUGAAUUCUACCUGAAGAUUGUCUGGGUUGAGUUUUUCAGACAAAUAAUCCAUGUCCAGUACUACCAGCCUUCUGGAGAGACAGGCAGUAGUCCCAGGUCCUGCUGGGAAGUGAAAAGUCUGGUAAUUCCAGGAAUCUGAAGCUCAUUGCUAGCUGAAAUCAUCAGAAAUAUCCUCCCUCAAUCUGGUUCCUCCUCGUGUCUCUCCACGAACAUUUCAGAAGCCAAGGGGGAUUUUCAUACUUGAGGAAGAGCAGGUUAGGUCUGUGUGUUCUUAUUCCAUGUUUAUUUUAUAUAUUGUGAACUAUUAAAACGAAAAAUCAGAUUUAUUUUGAGGAGAAUUUUCUUUUUGCCAGUUUCCCCACACGCAUGUGGGGAGAAGCUUGUGAUGCUGAAUGUGUUUGAGCAUGUAGCUGCUGUGGGCUACACAAAGCUUGCUGUGAGAUGGAUAAAAUGAUGUGGCUGCCACCACAGUGCUUAGCAGAAAGACAGGCCAGUUGUAGAACAAUAGACUUGGUGGUUUAAUUGAACUGCUGCUUUCUUGGCAGGGCUCUUGCCCGUGGUCUGAUGUCAGAGGAGAGCAUUAUCCCUGAAGGAGCUCUGAGCCAUCCCCUGUCACUGAUGUCACGGGCAGCUCCUGCGUAGGGGGACUCGGGAUCUCGUCACUCCUGAUCCUUCUGGAUGGAAUAUUUCUGUGGGUUAUUUGUGUGAUGCCUUCUCUGACCUCCUGUAACAGCAGCAGAGAACUCAGGAAAAUGGGGGGCUGUUCUGUUCAGGCCUCAGCUGGAGCUGAAAUGUUUCUAAGAAUAACGCAAGAUUACAUCCGGCACUCAUGUCAAUAACAAUUAGGUCCACAAAGAGCCAGAGCAGGGGAGGAAGUGUGGGAAAAUACCAGCGUUGCUCAUGGGCUGGAGCACACACGAGUGCAGAAGCGUUGCCUGCUGAGUUUAGCUGCCAUUGGCAAAGGGAUGGUUUGCACAGUUGGUGUGGAUUGCUUGUGUGAUUUCUAUAUUUCCUGAGCAUCUCCACACCUACUUGUGGCUGUUUCUUGCUUGGUUGCCCCAAGAAUCCAGUUGAUCUAUGUUGAUGGACAAGCUUAGGAUUGUUCUGCUUUCCAGAUUGCUCUGGAAAACUUUCCUGCCCAACUAGAUCACCACCUGAGCUUAGUGACUUUCCACAUGUCUUGAAUUUAACUUUGGUGGUGCUGCUUGAGCUGCCCCCAGGAGUGUCCGGUCCCUUUCAGUAUCAGUGAUCAAACUUGAAGUGAGAAGGGUGUGUGAAGGGCAGGGCAGGGAAUGGGCAGGGUGCUUUGUGGGGCUGUCUGCAGUCACAGGAAGGAAGGGAUGGCAGCUGCACCGCACGCUGGGCCCUCUGGCAAGCACAUGGCUGAGAUGGACCCUCAGAGGAUGUUUCUGAAGCAGUUGUUGGGGAGGGCAGGAGCCUUUUGAACAGAGUUUUGGACUUCAUAUUUCUUGUUUGCUAGGGAUCAUAAUUUCAGGGCUUCCUGCUUUUUGGUUUGUUUUCCAUUAAAAAAAAAAAAAAAAA